AUGGAAUCAAAGCUGCUGAAUGUUGGUACCCAUGAAGCGGGAAACGAGUUUGAGUCUUCACUAAGGCAAGCUUUCAUGGAACUUGAACCCAGAUUAAGGCCCCCAUUUUCUAUAGCAAUCCCAACCCCGCAGGAGUAUUCCCAACUCAAUCAUGCUCUUCUUUACGGGGUCCUAACUGAACCACAGUUUGCCAAGAUUCAUGUUAAGCAUCUUCAUGGCUUGGUCUCCGAUGGGUAUGCCCUUUUUGUUAGUUUGACUCUUAGGGUUGUGCUUGAGUUGUACAACAAGCUAGUUGAUUCUGUGAAGCAGCAGUUGAUUUGGGCUGUUAACGAAAUCGUUGGUGUUUUCGGGGUUGGGUUUGAUGGUUUGCUGGUGGGUUUGUUGAGGCACACUGUCGGCUGUGAUUAUACUGAUAGGGGUUUAUGGUUGUGUUUUGAGCUUAUUAAUCUGUUAUUGACAAACUUCAUCUCUUUACUGGAACAAGAGCCCUCUGUGUUGACAAGUGCAUUGUAUGUGUAUCUUCGAUUGUUAGCCGAUCAUUGUAGAGUAUCAGGCAAUGUCCGAGUGGACUUCUUGAAGAAAUUGGAGAUUGAGUUCUGUGUGAAGAUGUUGAGGGAGCAGUUUCAUUUGAGUAUGAAGAUUGGGAGGGACCUAGUUAGGCUGCUUCAGGAUUUGGUUCAUGUCCCAGAGUUUCGCAAUAUAUGGAAGGAUUUAGUUCUGGAUCCAACUACAUUUGGAACUGAGGGGUUUUCAGAUGUUGGACAACUGUACUCUACUAGGACCUCAAGUAGGUACUUCUUGCUUCGAGUCACCCCAGAAAUGGAGCUUCAAUUGAGGUUCUUACUUGUUCAUGUCAAGUUUAGGCAUCUGAAGCGUUACCAAACGUGGUUUGCCAAGAAGUUCCUGUUUGAGCCGGAGAGGGAGACUCUUAUAGUUGACAUGAUUCGUUUCAUAUGCUGUGCUCAUCAUCCAUCUAACGAAAUUAUUCACUCUGAUAGUGUACCUAGAUGGGCAAUUAUAGGUUGGUUGCUAAGUAGUUUUAGAAAGAAGUAUGUUGAAGCCAAUGCAAAGUUGGCAUUAUUUUAUGACUGGCUUUACUUUGAUGAAAGAAUGGACAACAUAAUGAAUAUUGAGCCGGCAAUGCUUCUGAUGGUGUGUUCCAUGCCACAGUAUGUCGGCAUGACCCAAUCCCUUCUGGAGUUUUUGUUGCUUCUUGUGGACAACUAUGACCAGAUGCGUUCUUAUACAGUUGCUAAUGGUGUGUCGUUAGCCUUCAACAGUCUUGUCACUAAAGGGGUUAUAAACAAUGUGGAUACUCUGACAUCAUGUGACGCCCUUUCGCCUUUUCUGAAAGAGAGACUGAAGAAGUUAUUGUCAAGCACGAAUGAGACACUCCCUCAUCAGUUAUGUCCAAGCCGCCUGCCUCACUGUUCUGCAGAUGCUUCACAUUUGGAGACUCCUGCUUCAAACCCAAAACAUGAACCUGCAGGUGCUUGA